AUGAAGUUUGGAAAAACUCUAGACAGGCUUAUGGUGCCCGAGUGGCGUUACCAGUAUAUGAACUACAAUGAGCUGAAGAGCUUGAUACUGAAUGCCGUGGAGAAAGCUCCAAAAAGUAGAAGCCAGGGGAAUAACGCUUACUACAGGGAUUUCGAGAUACUCUUCUUCAACACCUGCAAAGAGGAGUUAACCAAGGUGAAUGACUUUUUUGCCUACAAACAAGCGGAAGCGCAUCGCAAAUUGGCUACUCUCAAAUACCAGCUAACACUUACGGCCCGGCAUCGCAGCCAACAGGAUCCACGAGGAUCCUCGACUUCCAGGGCAUCCACUACUUCAAGGAGCCAUUUAGAUAACCGGAAGACGCAGCCCGUUAGCAAACUCCGACUGGCCAUGAGUGAGUUUUAUCUAAGCCUUAUUAUGCUGCAGAAUUACCAAAUGCUGAAUAUAACAGCCUUUCGAAAAAUCUUGAAAAAGUACGAUAAGCACCUAAAGUCAGAGGCUGGCUCGGUUUGGUACGAACGAUUUAUUCUGAGGGCGAGCUUUGCAUUGACCACGCAGUUGGAACGGAUGAUAGUGACCACGGAGGAUCUGUACACGGAGCACCUGGCCAAUGGAGAUCGGUCGAAGGCAAUGGCCAAGUUGCGAGUGCCGCCUUUGGGCCAACCAACACCGCCGCUUCAUGUUUUUUGUGCCGGCUUAUUUUUGGGUCUGUUUUCGGUGGCUGCUAUAAUUUGUGUGAUUUCAUAUUUUUGCCUAGACUUGAGCCCAGAGUUCAGGUUUAGGUUUCUCAGCCUGUUCAGAGGACCCAUUUCGGGCAUAUUCUUUGGCUUCAGUCUGGCUAUCAAUAUAAAAGUUUACGAGAAGAAGGGCAUUGACCACGUUUUGAUCUUCGAGGUGGAGCGAAGGGAUGCUGUGGGUGCCAUGCGAGCCCUGGAAAUAGUCAGUUUCUUUGGUUACCUUUGCACGCUGAGCAUUUUGCUGUACUUGCUCCAUAAAGAGUUCUUUAUAAGUGAACCCUAUUAUAUACCACUCGUUCAGGGCGCAAUUGUGGUUGUACUGUUCCUCAACCCCAUACACAUUGUGUACUACUCGGCCAGAAUUUGGCUAAUGACCAUUGUGGGUCGCAUCAUUUUGGCCCCCUUUUUCUUUGUGAAUUUCGUGGACUUUUGGGUGGCGGAGCAGUGGACCUCGUUGGUCAUCGGAAUCGUGGAUCACUAUUAUCUCAUGCGGUUCUAUGUGCGAUAUUUUCUGGGUCGCAGCGAUUCCUUUGAGUUUGAACCCGACUAUGCGGUGCCCGUCAUUCGAUGUCUGCCGGCUUGGUUUCGAUUUUGCCAGAGUUUUCGGCGAUUUAGGGACAGUGGAUCCAAGUCCACGGACUAUCUGAUCAAUGCAUUGAAGUACUUCCUAACCGUAGCGGAGGUGGUAUUUUCGACCAUCCAAAUGGAAACGAAUGGCAAAUACAAUAAUCUUUUUGAGAAUCCCUGGACUUGGGCCUAUAUAACCAUAUGCAUUAUUUCGGCCAUAUAUUCGCUGCUUUGGGAUUUACUGAUGGACUUUGGUUUGUUAAGAGUGUGGAAGGGUGAGAACCUCUUUCUGCGCGACAAUCUAGUCUAUCCAAAGUGGUUCUACUACUUUGUGAUUGUGGAAAAUACUCUGCUGCGUUUUGUUUGGGUUUUGGAGUUUGUAUUGGUCUAUCAGGAAGUAAUAACUCCCUUUAAUGGCAAAUCGAUUAUUUGUUUUAGCGAGAUAGUGAGACGUUUUAUAUGGAAUUUUCUGCGCCUAGAGAAUGAGCAUUUGUAUAAUUGUGGGCAGUUUAGGGCCACGCGAGAGAUCAUAUCGAGAUUGGAUCCCCAGGAGGAAAGGUUCUUGGAGGAUAUGAUGGAUGAUACGGAGAAUUUGGGAAGGGAAAAUCUUGAUAAAAAGUAUUUUUAAGCUGCUUUAUUAUAUCUUGUUUUUGUAAUGUAAAACAUAUUUGUAAAAUAAUAAAUCACCGAGUUGAAAAUUCUGUUCCCCCACCUUUCAAUGACUUUAUUCCUUUGGCCAAUUUUCCUUUCUAACUCCUCACUCUGCAUUUUCUCACUGCUUCAAUUGCCAACAAUUGACAGUCAAUGAAGCGUAACCCCAACUUCGGCUCACCCGUUCGGCUCUGGGCACACAAAUUGAAUAAAAUUAAUCUCACAUUUACGAAAUUAAAACCACAAAUGGAAUUAUAAAUUCAGCACAGAGGAGCAGACCAUGUGGAAAAAACCAAGCCCGCAGGACAA